AUAGGCCUCUCAAUUAUAUAUAUUGUAGUUUAUGACAAUAACUCAUAGUCGUAGUUUAUAACUCAUGAAAAAGACAAAUAUGUAUGUCCUGCUUUCAGUGUAGCUGGCUCUUAACUCUUCAACCAGCGCAUUCAUCAAUACUGACGAAAAUAACAUUAAGUGUAUCAGUGCAGCCUCCAUCCAUAAGGGGGCAGUAUUGGGCGUCAUCUCUGACCGGCGCUCGAAAGCAGUUUCUAGGUAGGAGAUGAGAGGCAUAGUCGACUUCAUGCGCAUUUCAGACAGAAACCUCACUUAGGCUAUUUCCUUGGAACAGCAUCUGCUUUUUAACCGUUAUACCCACACCUGCAGCUUGAAGCCUGCAUAUCCUACUGGUUCGGUUUGGUGUUAAUGUUCAAUGCUGUAGCCUAUUCUGUGUUGGUUGGAUAGCCUAUAUUUCUUCUCUGUAGCCUUCCAACAUUUAACUGUGGCCGAUGUUUCAAUUGUCUUGCUGCUGCAAUUUGCAAAUAAUGUAGGCUAAGCCAUGCUCUGAUGGGAAGGAUUGAUUGGGACAUGGCGCAGAGGUGGCGCGUCUGUGCGCGGCAGAUCAGGCAUCCUGGCCGGAGGAGUAGCCCAUCACUCAAGCAUCCAGACGCUGAGCGGAGGACGGAGAGCUGAGGAUCUCACAGAGAAGCUGGGAACAUCCUGCGAAACGGGAAUAAAAUACACCGAUUAGGUUAUGUCAGGAAAGUUGGAUCGAUUUCCUGUCAAAUUAAAAUGACUGCUUAAUUGUCCUCUCACGGUGCAGUUACGUUUUUUUUCCAUAGCUUUUGGUUUCGCUGCUAUUAAACGCUGGGGCUACUUUGUUUUCUGCUGCUCCCUCCCUCUCUCUCUCUGAGAAGUGCUGUGUGCACAGUCGUUACCUCAUCCCCCCAACCCAGCCCGUUACUGUCAAACCUGCAUUUAACCGCGAGCGCACCCGUUUAACGCCAGGAACAGGGGCUUCAUGUUGACGGCGCACUGCAGGGAUUCGCCUGCACAGCGAGCCUCUCCGACGGCCACGGAGCCUCAGCGAAGAUGACAAAAGAAUGUCAUGUUGUGGUGAGAUGACGGGGAGCAUGGCACCAGGGCCGCUGCUGGUGUGGUUGCUCAGCGUCGGCUGCGCUGUAGGCUGUGCGGAUCAGCUGGUGUGCAGUGCUGGUGUGAGACAGAUCAGCUGGCUUCAUAAGUGUUGUCAUGCAGGUGGACCCAGCGGGCUGCAGUGGACAGGGGGAGGUACACAAUGAGAGGAGAGGGGUGAUCUUCAGCCCGUCCUGGCCACUGCGCUACCCCGCCGGACUCAACUGCAGCUGGGACAUCCAGGCUGAGAGAGGAGAGGUCAUCACCAUCAGUUUCCGUAACUUUGACCUGGAGGAGUCUCCAGGCUGUGUGGGGGACUGGCUGCAGCUGGGUCCGGUGUGGCGAGGGGGGGAGUACCGUGUGUGCGGCCCUCUGCUGCCCCCACCGUUCAUCUCCUCCCACGGACGCGUCGCGCUGCUCUUCCGCACGCACGCCAACUCCUCAGGACAGGCACAGGGCUUCCGCCUCUCCUACAUACGAGGGCGUUUGGGUCAGAGCAUCUGCCAGGCGGACGAGUUCCUGUGCGGUAACGGGAAGUGUGUCCCACGCUCGUGGCGCUGCAAUGGUCAGGACGAGUGCGGAGACCAGACGGACGAGCGCAGCUGCGCAGCCCCGCCCACCGAUGCGCCCUUUGACCUCUGCCCCCGCGGGUCGCUGGCGUGCCGCCUGGGUCCGACCACGCGCUGCCUGCCCCCCGAGCGGCGCUGCGACGGCACCAGCGACUGCCCCGACGGCACGGACGAGCUGGCCUGCGCCCCUGACCCCGCCUCUGACCCCGCCACCUGCGUCCAGCACCUGCGCAGCUUCUACGGCGCCUUCGCCUCGCCUGACUUCCUGCGUCCACCACCGGCGUCCGGCGUGUGGUCGGAGCGGCGGUGCAGCUGGCAGCUGGACACAGCGGACCCUCGGCCGCUGCUGCUGCGUCUGGAGCUGCGCCUGGCACCGGGCGACGCGCUGCGGGUGUUCGACGGGCUGACCCCGCGUCCAGAGCGCCUCCUGCAGGAGCUGUCGCACCACUACAAUGCCCGCGCACCGCAGCUGGAGUCCAGCAGGGGGCAGAUGACCCUCCUGUACCGCGCCGCAUUCGGCAGCAGGGGACGCGGCUUCAGCGCCUCAUACCGCGCCAAGGGCUACUGUUUCCCGGGUGACACGCCAUGUGGCGGUGACCAAGGCUGCUUCUCCGGGCACCAGCGCUGUGAUGGCUACUGGCACUGCCCCUCCGGCCGUGACGAGGAGGGCUGCCCAGGGUGCUCGGCGGGCGCUUACCCGUGCGAGGGCGGCGGCGCGGGGGGGUCCUGCUACGCGGCCGAGGAGCGUUGCGACAGCCAGAAGCAGUGUCCAGGUGGCGGGGACGAGAAGAACUGCGCCUCCUGCCAGCCGGGCAGCUUCCGCUGCGCCAGCAAGCGCUGCGUGUCCGAGCAGUGGCGCUGCGACGGGCAGGACGACUGCAGCGACGGCAGCGACGAGCGAGAGUGCCUGACCAGCGUCCCGCGCAAGGUCAUCACCGCCGCCAUCAUCGGCAGCCUCGUCUGCAGCCUGCUGUUGGUCAUCGCACUGGGCUGCGCUUUCAAACUGUACACGCUGAGGAACAGGGAGUACAGGGCUUUCGAGACACAGAUGACUCGCAUGGAGGCGGAGUUUGUCCAGAGGGAGGCUCCGCCCUCUUAUGGGCAGCUGAUCGCCCAAGGCCUCAUUCCACCUGUGGACGAUUUCCCUGUCUACAACCCCAACCAGGUGUCCAUGCUCCAGAAUCUUCGUACAGCGAUGCGCCGUCAGCUCCGCCGUCACUCCUCCCGCCGCUCAUCGUCACGGCGACGCCUGGGUCGCGCCUGGAAUCGUCUGUUCCACCGCGGCUCUCGCCUGCGAGGUCACAUCCCACUGCUGACCCCCCCCUCGGGAAUAGCCCCCCUGGCGCCCCCCGCCGGCGACACACACCCCCACACACACACGGACACCACCCCCUCGCCCUGCUCGGCCGCAGCCCUGGGGCUCGCAGCGCUCUGCCACGCUCCCCCCCACACACACGCACACACACAUUCACACACACACUGCUUACCUGACUCACCGGAGUCGCCCGAGUCUCCCGGCUCACCCCUGUCACCUGUCUCAGCUAUUUCACCGGAUUCCCGUGACUCCCCAGAUUCACCUGACACACCUGACUCUCCCAUCACCCCUGAGUCCGCUGGCUCUGCAGUCUCGCCGGUGUCCCCCUUGUCCUCCUCCUCGGACUCGUCCAGCUCAGACGCCCAGGCGGGGCAGGACGGCGGCCCAGCUAGAGGCUCUUCUCCUGGGCAGGCUGCAGAGGACGAGGCCCCCGAGCUCCAGAGCCCCAGGAUCGGUCCGCUCAUCUACCGCCACCGUCCAGCCAGGAGACGGGCCCUGGCACUCGCUGCACACUCGCACUCACACACACACACACACAGGGAUACAGACACAGACACAUGCACACACACACACACACUCACAGCCAGGAGGAGGGCCCUGGCGUUAGCCGCCCACCUGCGGGGUGUGGCUCUGAUCAACUACCCGUCUAGAGGCCACUCCCCCCUCAGCUCCCCAGACACACCCCUUCCCCUGCCGGCCAAUCAGAGCCAGAGACAGCAGGUGGUGGGUGGGCCGAAAAGCCCUGCGGUGACCACGCCAACGGAGGACAAACAAAGAGAAGCGUCAGGGGUGAGGAGGGACUCUAAUGACCUGUCAAUCACAAGCAGCUCAGGGGACGAGCAGGAAGGCACGCUGCUCAUCACUUGACACACACACUCACACACACACUAUCCUUUUCUCUCGAAUGUUGACAUGACAGAUCCCCACCCAUCCCUCUCUCUCCUGUCAUUCUUCCACUCGUUCUUCCUCUAAUCACACUCCCCUCUCUUUUUUCUUUCUCCCUCUUUCUCUCUUUUCUCUAACUCUGUCUCUUUCUCUCCUCCUCUCCCAGCCAGUGGUUGGAUGGGACUGAUAGCUCCCAGAGUCUCGGUGGCCUUGGGGGAGAGCUAAAGCCGUGCUGUUUCUAGGCUACCACGCUGGAACACUCAGCGUUAGAACAAUGCCUUUAGAAUGUCACCAAGGUUCCAUCAUUGAAACACUGCCGUUGCUAAGUGACGCCUCCGUGCUGUCGGUGCUUCUAAAGAGACUUCUAACCCAUUGGGACUGACUGUCGUGUGACCAUAUCAUGUGGCUGUCACAAAUUAUGUACUUACCACAGGAGUUCCACACACACACACAUCCAUGUCAAGUUUACAUCCAUCCAUCGUCCAGAAGCAGCUUGUCUUUAAAAGUGACCUCUUCAUAUCCACCCACACCAUCACACAGCAUCAAUAAAAGUCAGG